GUAUUAAUCUAUUUCUAGUCUCUUUGUGUGUGCAUUUUCCUCUUAUAGAAAGAUGGGGAAACUUUCUAAGAAUGUUGGUUUACUAUCUGUGAUGUUUGUUCUGGUGAUUGCGAUAGCGGAAUGCCGGAAGCUUGAGAAAAAUGAUUUUUCUGACGGCAUUGGUGGUGGUAUAGGCGGUGGGGGUGGUGCAGGAGGAGGUGGAGGACUUGGAGGUGGGGGUGGUGCUGGCGGAGGCUUGGGAGGUGGAGCUGGUGGAGGCUUAGGAGGUGGUAAAGGUGGUGGCAUUGGGGUUGGGGGUGGUGGUGGUGCCGGUGGAGGUGCUGGCGGUGGCCUUGGAGGCGGUGCAGGUGGAGGUGCUGGGGGUGGCCUUGGAGGUGGAGCUGGGGGAGGAGCUGGAGGUGGCUUAGGAGGAGGUAAAGGUGGUGGAGUUGGAGGAGGAGCUGGUGGGGGUGCUGGAGGUGGCUUAGGAGGAGGAGCUGGUGGGGGUGCUGGAGGUGGCUUAGGAGGAGGCAAAGGUGGUGGAGUUGGAGGAGGAGCUGGUGGGGGUGCUGGAGGUGGCUUAGGAGGAGGUAAAGGUGGUGGAUUUGGAGGAGGAGCUGGUGGAGGUGCUGGUGGAGGUGCUGGUGGUGGCUUUGGAGGAGGUAAAGGUGGUGGUGUAGGAGGAGGAGCUGGUGGGGGUGCCGGAGGUGGCUUAGGAGGUGGAGCUGGAGGUGGUGGAGGAGUUGGAGGCGGAGCAGGUGGCGGCUUUGGAGGAGGCAAAGGUGGUGGAGUAGGAAUUGGAGGUGUAGGUGGAGGAGCAGGAGGAGGUGGUGGAGCCGGAGGUGGUGGAGGUUUUGGUGGUGGGUUUUGA